GUUUGUAGCUACAGAUUUAGCGCCACGCUGCUGCCCGGUACAGUGGGGAGCCUGUGGCUCCUGGUGGGCUCGUGCGUUGGACACUUUUUUGAGGUUGCGAUGUCUAUGGAGCCCGAACCAGGGAGUCAGCAGUCCUGCAGCAGUGCCUGCUCACAGGCCCACAGCAGUGGUACCAGUUCACAGACCCAAGGGGGCUCCACCCAGUCCAGAGGCAAUUUCUCCCAGUCCCCUGGGCUCACUUCACAGUCUCACAGGUCCUUGUCUCAGUCCCCAACCACAUCCAGCUCCUCCACCAGCACAGUGCCCACCUCCAGCCAGUCCUCUCAGUCCAGCUCUGGGACGCAGAGCUCCUUAGAGACAGUAUCUACUCAGGAACUCUGUUCUAUUCCUGAGGACCAAGAACCCGAGGAACCUGUUCCUGCCCCUUGGGCUCGGCUAUGGGCUCUUCAGGAAGGAUUCUCCAAUCUUGAGUGUGUUAAUGAGAGCUACUGGUUUGGGAGGGAUAAAAGCUGUGACUAUUGCUUUGAUGAACCUCUGCUAAAGAGAACAGAUAAAUACAGAACGUAUAGCAAGAAACACUUUCGGAUUUUCAGGGAAGUGGGUCCUAAAAACUCUUACAUCGCAUACAUAGAAGAUCACAGUGGGAACGGAACCUUUGUAAAUACAGAGCUUGUAGGGAAAGGAAAACGUCGUCCUUUGAGUAACAAUUCUGAAAUUGCACUUUCACUAUGUAGAAAUAAAGUUUUUGUAUUUUUUGAUCUGACUGUAGAUGAUCAGUCCAUUUAUCCCAGGGAAUUAAGAGAUGAGUACAUCAUAUCAAAAACUCUUGGAAGUGGUGCUUGUGGAGAAGUAAAGCUGGCUUUCGAGAGGAAAACGUGUAAGAAAGUAGCCAUAAAGAUCAUCAGCAAAAGGAAAUUUGCUAUUAGUUCUUUGAAAGAAUCAGUCGACCCAGCUCUUAAUGUUGAAACUGAAAUAGAAAUUUUGAAAAAACUAGACCAUCCUUGUAUCAUCAAGAUUAAAAACUUUUUUGAUGCAGAAGAUUAUUACAUUGUUUUGGAAUUGAUGGAAGGGGGAGAGCUGUUUGACAGGGUGGUGGGCCACAAACGGCUGAAAGAAACUACCUGCAAACUCUAUUUUUACCAGAUGCUGUUGGCUGUUCAGUAUCUUCAUGAAAAUGGGAUUAUACAUCGGGAUUUAAAGCCAGAGAAUGUUUUACUGUCAUCUCAAGAAGAUGACUGUCUUAUAAAGAUUACUGAUUUUGGGCAGUCCAAGAUUUUAGGGGAGACCUCUCUCAUGAGGACAUUAUGUGGUACCCCCACUUACUUGGCUCCCGAGAUUCUUCUUUCUGUUGGGACUACGGGGUAUAACCGAGCUGUGGACUGCUGGAGUUUAGGAGUUAUUCUUUUUAUCUGCCUGAGUGGGUAUCCACCUUUCUCUGAGCAUAAGACUCACAUGUCCCUGAAGGAUCAGAUCACCAGUGGAAAGUACACCUUCAUUCCUGAAGUCUGGGCAGAUGUCUCAGAGAAGGCUCUAGAUCUUGUCAGGAACUUGUUGGUUGUGGAUCCCAAGGCACGGUUUACGACAGAAGAAGCCUUAGGUCAUCCAUGGCUUCAGGAUGAGGACAUGAAGAGAAAGUUUGAGAAUCUGCUAGUUGAGGAAAAUAAGCUGUUGGCUGUACCCCAGGUCACACCCCAGCCUUCUACUAGUAGAAAGCGGCCUCCUCAAGCAGAAGCUGAGGACAUCAAGACCCCAAAACGUCCAGCUGUGUGUGCUGCUGUGUCAUGAACACUGUGAUUUGAACAAGAAAGAAACAUCUCUUCUUUUACUCUUUUGUCAUCUUGUUUCUUUGUCUUUUUUUUUUAAUAGCUUCUAUUUUAA